AUGACGAUCAAGCUCAAUUCCCUUCUUUUGCUGUCUUCCUGGUCUUUCCAAACAUGGCUUCAGCCAACGACCGCGUUGACCCUCCCCCUACCUGAUCGCCGCUAUCUUGGACACGAGCAGCCGCAAUCUUCUGGACUCUCUUUAAUCCAUGACAAACGAGAUGAGGAUGGAGAGGACCCUAACGAUCAAUCCUGGAUUACAAAAUGGGCUGCCAUUGGCGAUUCCUACUCUGCGGGCAUUGGCUGUGGCUAUCUCCUCGAUUCUGAUUGUCAAAGAUACAACUUUUCAUUCCCUAGUCUGAUCAACGUUGACGAACGAAUGGGCGACACCUCCCGAGAGUUUCAAUUUCUUGCAUGUUCUGGAGCUGUAUCAUCACAAAUCUUGGAGAUACAAGUACCUCAAAUCGCUGACGGUGUCCAAGUUGUCACCGUCACAGCUGGAGGCAACGACGCAGACUUCAGUGGAAUCCUCGUCGACUGUAUAUACGGUCUCCGGCCACUACAUCCGACUUGUGAGGACCGGCUUGCAGAUGCUGGAAACCUUAUACAAUCUGAAGAAUUCAGGAAAAACAUCAACGCACUAAUUUCGGCGACCCUGCCCAAACUAGAUGACAAUGGAAGAAUAUACUACGUAGGGUACGCUCCCUUUUUCGACGCACAAUCGACACAGUGCAACGAUGUUAGCUGGGAUUUCCUUGGUGGACAGAUGAUUCCCACAAAACUCACGACUGAUCUUCGCACACGAUUGAAUGUCUCGGUUUCCCAGAUGAACGGUGUGCUCGGGGAGAUAAUCAAUGCAGCAGAUGAUAGAGUCAUCUUUGUCGAUUACUCCAGCUGGGUUGGACAAGCCGGUGGUCGAUUCUGUGAGGAUGGGAUCAAAGAGCCAAACAAGAAAAAUGCAGAUGCUGUAUUCUAUCAGCGGGGUUCGGUCGAUAUCUGGGAAGAU